AUGGUAUCAACCAGAGGAAAGAAAGGAGCAGCGGCGCAUCCCGCUCCCGCCGACGCGACAUCGGAUGAGACGAACCCCCCAAAACCUGCGAAGGAAGAGCCCGUCGACAACAGUAUCGAAACGAAUCCACCACCACCAGCUACAGCAGAAGAAACGCCGGAGGUCAGCCGACCUGACGCCGGCGGGAAUGGUGAUGAGGCAGGAACGACGCAUGGGCUGAAGGGAGAUGUAGAGGUGCGGGCGAAGCCGGCCGCGGCCGCCGCCGCCGCCGCCGCAGGUGACACUGUUUCAGGUGACGAUGCUGCUGGUUCGGCUGAGGCCAAGGCAUCAGAAAGUUCAAAAGAGGGUGAGAGCCAAGCGGCCGCCGCUGGAGGAGGCCCGGUUGGAGAGGGUGACGUUUCACCAGUGUCGUCACGAACGGAGGCUAGGGCGGGCAGUGCAUCACAAGACGCCCAUGGUGGAGGAGAAGGAGAAGGUGCACGACCUUCUUCUCCCAUCGUUGACUCGGCGGCCAAGGCCGCCGCCGUGAAGCCCAUUCCCGACAGGAGUAGCACUGCACAACAGCCCGACGUUGCUGGAAAGCCUACCGGAUCGCAGCAGCAGCAGCAGUCGGGGGCCGCACAGAAACGAAAACGCGACACGCCCGCUCGAGAACCGGAAGGCGAUGGGAUGGUUGUCGAGGAGGAGCAAGGGGCAACGGCAGUCGUGCAGGCCGACAGCAGCGACGACGAGGAUGAGGACGACGGUUUCCGGGUGGUGGUCGGUCGGGAGGCUGUUGCCCCUGCUGCAGCUCCGGUGGUGCCGACGAAGAGAUUUCUCCGCGGUACCAAUACGUUGGUGAACGCCACCACCACUGGCGGUACCACCGCGAGCUCGAAGCCGGUUUCAGCAGCCGCGGGAAUUGCGUCACUGGUGCCUUCAAAAGGCGCCCCGGUUGCCACGGCUAAACCGUCUCUGAAGCCAGGGGAAUAUCCCCCGACCGCCGAACUGCAGCAAUCGACGGGCAAGACCGCCUUCGAUGUCGACAUCGACGGCAUGGAAGAGCAGCCGUGGAGGCACCCCGGCGUCGACAUCGCCGACUUUUUCAACUACGGUUUCACGGAGGACUCGUGGCGAGUCUACUGCGAGAAGCAACUGAGGAACCGGUACGACCGAACCGUUGGGCGAUCGAGAAACGCCAAGAGUGCGGGCGGCCGAGUCGGCGGCAACGUUGGUAGCGGCAGCAGCGGCCCCCCGCGGCAUGGGCGAGUGGAGUUCUUCCUGCCUAACCUUGGUGGUAGGUCCCUUGUGUAUCAGAACCACACCGUUUCUAGGACCGCUCACGUCCGCAGCCUACAUCGUUUUUUCUGGCGAGAAACGCGGCUGAUCUACAGUAUCUACGCCGAGUUUUUUUUCUGA